UUUUUUAUGUAUUAACGUAGUACGAAUGACUAAAAACAAAACAAACGCAUUUUACGGUUUGAAUUUUGUAUUAACUAUACGUUCGUUAUUACGAUAUUUCUUACAUUAAAAUUAUUGUUUGUAAAAUAGGCUUUAUGUAUUCAUGAUACGAGCUAAAAUAGUCAAACCAAUGGAUAUUGUCGAAGAACUGAAGUUAAAUAUUUACUAUACGUUGAAAGCUACUGUAAUCAACACACAUUUUAUUAUAGAAGUUUUUAAUGGUAUUGUAAAAUAAUAGUGCCUUGAAAUGGAUUGGUUUGUUAUGUAUUUAGUAAUUGCGACUCUUGUAGUAGUGAAGGGUUAUAAAUCUCUUGACCUGGAAAAUCUUAUCGACUUAGUGAGAAGAAGAAGCAUCUUAAGUGAUGACGAAAUCUUGGGAGUACCAAAAUAUGUUGAGCAUUUACCACGGGCUGAGAAGAUAUUACCAGGGCACACAUUACUUAAACCCUCCUUCGGUAUGCUUAAGUCCGCAGUGAAAUUCCCUCAAAGAAGUUUAAGCAACAAUGUAUAUGGAAAUAUAAAUAAUAUUGGAAUAGCAUUUGGGAAUACCAAUGAGAGAGUUAGAUAUACAGAUUUUAGAAAAACAGAGAAUGUUAUGGCAGCUAUAGUUGGUGCUAUUAAGAAUAUAAAAUCAAAAACUAGUCCAAUAAAUAAUCCAGUCGUAAUUGAAUUUGACCGUACUGACUUACCAUUAACUAAAGAACCCUCGGAAAAUUUCAGAAAUUUCUCGAUCCAAGAUGAAAAUGGCGCAAACGAAAUCUUGGAUGACGCAAAUUCUUUAUUCACGGAUGGGAAUGUUAAAAACGAACGUCGCUCCAGAAAAAUAAAAUCUGCCUAUAGAAUACGACAGAGUAGUGAGUCGACAGCGUCAUCCGAUGUUUCUCAAUCAUCAGCCAGCUCCGACUACGAGAAGAAUGCCGGAAACCCCUUCACAAUACACAAGGACAAAUAUAAACAAAAUUGGUUAUGGAACCACCAGAUGGAUGGUGACCAUAUGAACGUGAACCCCUACGCACCAAUAUUUCAAAAUUAUGGACCUUCUGGUUCAUCAUUAUUUUUUGGUAGAAAGUGGUGGUAUUAUAAUCAAGAUGACUUCAAACCUAUGGAAUAAAUAACGUUAUGAUUUA